GGAAUGCGGAAAAAGAAGAUUUUGCAGCCUGUGUCUCACUCACCUCGCCUGCCAGUUCCUACAAUCCCAGCUUUUACUGCACACCAUUAUUUUCCCAGAGAGAGAGAGAGAGAGAAGCUCCUGUCCUGGAGACUGAAUUCCGGAGAGGUGAAAUAACCAGGGGCUUGAUAGAGGGAGGUCCGCAAGCAAGGCAGCCACUUCUGUGCUUUCACUCGAGCUCUCGCCACUGCAAGUUUUCGCCUCAAGAGAAAGGAACACUGUCGUUUGAUCUAAGCCUUUCUCUCGGCGCGUUUGCAAAUUGGUAUUGAAAGGUAUGUCAGCUGGAAAGGAAAGGAUUUUCAGAGCGCUCAAAGAUGUGGUGCAAAAACCCGGGAAUGCGAUCUGCGCUGAUUGUCAACUGCCAGAACCUGAAUGGGCCUCAACCACGCUUGGAAUCUUCAUUUGCCUAAAAUGCUCGGGGAUUCAUCGAAACAUCCCUGAUGUGAGCAAAAUCAAAUCUCUACUAUUGGACCCUUGGGAAGAUUCCCAAAUUCAGUAUAUGGCCCAACAUGGAAAUGAAACUGCCAAGGAGAAAUAUGAAGCAUUUGUUCCCAUGUAUUACUACUUACCAACCUACAUGGACUGUCAGGUCCUGCGAGAGCAGUGGAUUCGAUCCAAAUACGAGCGUAAGGACUUCACUGAGGCAAAUAAACCGCUGGCGUACGCUACAGGUUACAGAGAAGGGUUUCUAUGGAAACGUGGCCGGGAUAACGGUCAGUUCCUCAAUAGGAAGUUUGUCCUGUCAGAGGCCGAUGGCAUCCUGAAGUACUUUGCGAAGAAUGACGCUAAAGAGCCCAAGGCUGUGAUUAAAGUGGACAACAUCAAUGCAACUUUCCAACCAACCAAGAUUGGGAAUCCCAAUGGCCUUCAGAUCACUUACCUGAAGGACAACAGCACGCGGAGUAUUUUUGUCUACCAUGAAGAGGGAAAGGAAAUUGUGGAUUGGUUCAACGCCAUUCGUGCUGUCCAGUUUCAUUACUUAAAAGUCGCUUUCCCGGGAGCGAGUGACUAUGAGCUAAAGCACAAACUGACCAGGAAUUUCCUGAAGGAAGGUUACAUGGAGAAAACAGGACCCAAGCAAACUGAAGGUUUCAAGAAACGAUGGUUUACACUAGAUCACCGGCGUCUGAUGUACUACAAAGACCCUUUGGAUGCAUUUGCCAAAGGCGAGGUCUUCAUUGGCAGCAGUGACAAUGGGUACCUGGUCAGAGAAGGGCUUCCCCCUGGUGCCCAGGGUAACCCGAACUGGCAAUAUGGAAUCACCAUAGUAACACCGGACAGGGAAUUCCUGUUCACGUGCGAAACCGAAAGUGAGCAGCGGGAUUGGAUAACCGUGUUCAACGGAGUGAUGAGUCAACAGAUGUCACCCCAAGAAUACACAAUGGAAGCCUAUUUCAAGCAUAAACGAUAAACCGCAAACAAGCUGACCUCCAACCUUUAACCUCUAACCUCAGCUUUACAGAUAAACACAACACAAUGCCAUAGCAAUGCAGCUGGACAGACACCCCACGUUUACCGGUGACACCAACAAUUACUGAUGAAAGCGAGAGGCAUUUCCCCUGUGAUUUUGAUUUUGUAAACUGGUGGCUCACCUUUGAGAAUGUUCUAGGAUGUAAAUUGUUCAGUCAUACUAAGUGGACACUGAGGGCUUUCAUCUCACUGACUGAAAAAGGUGACUCACCAUCAGGGUUUGAAGCAGCAAUUCAGCUAGACAUUAAAGAGCAGAUUGUACUGAGAAUCGACACUUCCAUGUUCCUGGGAGAUCCACGUGCUGGGAGCUCACAGUGCAAUUCCCAGCACAGUGCCCUAAAUACUCAGCAGAAUAUUUUGUCCAUUGUGAUUAUUUAAAGAAUAUAAUGCAUUGGGAUGUGGAAAAUAUGUCAUGGAAUAAAAUGGAAUAAUAGAGGGACAUUCUUUAGGGAAUAUAGCUGAGACAUAUUAAUGGGGGCAGUGUAGACGGAGCUUUACUCUGUACCUAACCCCAUGUUGUACCUGCCCUGGGAGUGUUUGAUGGGGACAAUGUAGAGGGAGCUUUACUCUGUAUCUAACCCCGUGCUGUACCUGUCCUGGGAGUG